AUGCCGAUGCAGGUGAUGCUAAUGGUCGUGAUACUGGCGGUGGAGUGGAGUGUCACAUGGAACACCAGCAACCCCGACUUCACCAAGUGCUUUCAGAACACCGUCCUCGUGUGGGUGCCUUGUUCUUAUCUCUGGGUCUGCUUCCCUUUCUACUUCCUCUAUCUCUGCCACCAUGACCGGGGCUACAUUCAGAUGACAUAUCUCAACAAAACCAAAACUGCCUUGGGAUUUUUGCUGUGGAUCGUCUGCUGGGCAGACCUCUUCUACUCUUUCUGGGAAAGAAGUUGGGGCAAAUUCCUGGCCCCAGUGUUUCUGGUCAGCCCAACCCUCUUGGGCAUCACUAUGCUGCUUGCUACCUUUUUAAUUCAGCUCGAGAGAAGGAAGGGAGUCCAGUCCUCGGGGAUCAUGCUCACUUUCUGGCUUGUAGCCCUACUGUGCGCCCUUGCCAUCCUGAGAUCCAAAAUCAUGACUGCCUUAAAAGAGGGUGCUGAAAUUGACGUGUUUCGCGAUGUCACUUUCUACAUUUACUUUUCCCUCGUGCUGAUUCAGCUCGUGUUGUCCUGCUUCUCGGACCGAUCGCCCCUGUUCUCUGAAACCAUCCACGACCCCAACCCCUGCCCGGAAUCCAGUGCCUCCUUCCUGUCCAGAGUCACCUUCUGGUGGAUCACAGGGUUGAUGGUCCGGGGCUACCGCCAGCCCCUGGAGAGCGCUGACCUCUGGUCCCUGAAUAAGGAGGACACCUCAGAGCAAGUUGUGCCUGUUUUGGUUAAGAACUGGAAGAAGGAGUGUGCCAAGUCCAGAAGGCAGCAGGCGAAGAUCACGUACUCCUCCAAGGAUCCCGCCAAGCCGAAAGGGAGCUCCCAGGUGGACGUGAACGAGGAGGCCGAGGUUUUGAUUGUCAAGUCCCCUCAGAAGGGCCGGGAGCCGUCUCUGUUCAAGGUGUUAUACAAGACCUUCGGGCCCUACUUCCUCAUGAGCUUCUUAUUCAAGGCCCUCCAUGACUUGAUGAUGUUUGCCGGCCCGGAGAUCUUAAAAUUGCUCAUCAACUUCGUGAACGAUACGACGGCCCCGGACUGGCAGGGCUACUUCUACACGGCGCUGCUGUUCGUCAGCGCCUGCCUCCAGACCCUCGUGCUGCACCAGUAUUUCCACAUCUGCUUCGUCAGCGGCAUGAGGAUCAAGACGGCCGUCAUCGGGGCCGUCUACCGGAAGGCCUUGGUGAUCACCAAUUCAGCCAGAAGGUCUUCCACGGUCGGGGAGAUCGUCAACCUCAUGUCCGUGGAUGCCCAGAGGUUCAUGGACCUGGCCACGUACAUCAACAUGAUCUGGUCAGCCCCUCUGCAGGUCGUCCUUGCCCUCUACCUCCUGUGGCUGAAUCUGGGCCCCUCCGUCCUGGCCGGAGUGGCUGUGAUGAUCUUCAUGGUUCCCGUCAACGCCGUGAUGGCCAUGAAAACCAAGACCUACCAGGUGGCCCACAUGAAGAGCAAAGACAAUCGGAUUAAGCUGAUGAAUGAGAUUCUCAAUGGGAUCAAAGUGCUAAAGCUGUACGCGUGGGAACUGGCCUUCAAAGACAAGGUGCUGGCCAUCAGGCAGGAGGAGCUGAAGGUGCUGAAGAAAUCGGCCUACCUGGCAGCCGUGGGGACCUUCACCUGGGUCUGCACACCUUUCCUGGUGGCCCUGUCUACAUUUGCCGUCUACGUGACUGUCAACGAGAACAACAUUCUGGAUGCCCAGAAAGCUUUCGUGUCCUUGGCCUUGUUCAACAUCCUCCGGUUUCCCCUGAAUAUUCUCCCCAUGGUCAUCAGCAGCAUCGUGCAGGCGAGUGUCUCCCUCAAACGCCUCAGGAUCUUUCUGUCUCACGAGGAGCUGGAGGCCGACAGCAUCGAGCGGAAGCCUGGCAAAGACGGUGGGGGCACAAACAGCAUCACUGUGAAGAAUGCCACGUUCACAUGGGCCAGGAGUGACCCUCCAACGCUGAAUGGCAUUACCUUCUCCGUUCCGGAAGGUUCCUUGGUGGCCGUGGUGGGCCAGGUGGGCUGUGGAAAGUCGUCUCUGCUCUCAGCACUCCUGGCCGAGAUGGACAAGGUGGAGGGCCACGUGUCUGUCAAGGGCUCAGUGGCCUACGUCCCCCAGCAGGCCUGGAUUCAGAAUGAUUCUCUCCGAGAAAAUAUCCUUUUCGGACGCCCCCUCCAGGAACGGUAUUACAAGGCUGUGAUCGAAGCCUGUGCCCUCCUCCCAGAUCUGGAGAUCCUGCCCAGCGGGGACCGGACGGAGAUUGGUGAGAAGGGCGUGAACCUCUCUGGGGGCCAGAAGCAGCGUGUGAGCCUGGCCCGGGCCGUGUACUGUGACUCUGACAUCUACCUCUUCGAUGACCCCCUGUCGGCGGUGGAUGCCCAUGUGGGAAAACACAUAUUUGAAAAUGUGGUUGGCCCCAAGGGGAUGCUGAAGAACAAGACACGGCUCCUGGUCACACACAGUAUCAGCUACCUGCCCCAGGUGGAUGUCAUCAUCGUCAUGACCGGAGGCAAGAUCUCCGAGAUGGGCUCCUACCAGGAGCUGCUGGCCCGGGACGGGGCCUUCGCCGAGUUCCUGCGCACGUACGCCAGCACCGAGCAGGAGCAGUCCGAGCAGGAUGACGCUGGGCUUGCCUCUGUCCCCGAGGCUCCCGUUUGGUUGACGCCCGUGUGCCCUGCUUUCCCCAGACAGCUGAGCAACUCUUCCUCCUACAGCGGGGAUGUUAGCCGCCACCACACGAGCACCGCCGAGCCGCAGAAAGCUGGAGCCCAGGACGAGGACGCGUGGAAGCUGGUGGAGGCAGACAAGGCUCAAACAGGGCAGGUCAAGCUGUCCGUGUACUGGGACUACAUGAAGGCCAUCGGACUGUUCAUCUCCUUUCUGAGCAUCUUCCUUUUCUUGUGCAACCACGUUGCUGCCCUGGCUUCUAACUAUUGGCUCAGCCUCUGGACUGAUGACCCCAUCGUCAACGGGACCCAGGAGCACACCAAAGUCCGGCUGAGCGUCUACGGCGCCCUGGGCAUUUUGCAAGGUAUCUCCGUGUUCGGCUACUCCAUGGCGCUGUCCAUCGGGGGGAUCUUCGCUUCCCGCCGCCUGCACCUGAACCUGCUCCAGAACGUGCUCCGGUCCCCCAUGAGCUUCUUCGAGCGGACCCCCAGCGGGAACCUGGUGAACCGCUUCUCCAAGGAGCUGGACACGGUGGACUCGAUGAUCCCUCAGGUCAUCAAGAUGUUCAUGGGCUCCCUGUUCAACGUCAUCGGCGCCUGCACCAUCAUCCUGCUGGCCACGCCCAUCGCUGCCAUCAUCAUCCCGCCGCUGGGCCUCAUCUACUUCUUCGUGCAGAGGUUCUACGUGGCCUCGUCCCGGCAGCUGAAACGCCUCGAAUCCGUCAGCCGCUCCCCAGUGUAUUCCCACUUCAACGAGACCCUGCUGGGGGUCAGCGUCAUCCGCGCCUUCGAGGAACAGGAGCGCUUCAUCCGCCAGAGCGACCUGAAGGUGGACGAGAACCAGAAGGCCUAUUACCCCAGCAUCGUGGCCAACAGGUGGCUGGCCGUGCGGCUGGAGUGCGUAGGCAACUGCAUCGUCCUGUUUGCUGCCCUGUUCGCCGUGAUCUCCAGGCACAGUCUCAGCGCCGGCUUAGUGGGCCUCUCGGUGUCCUACUCACUGCAGGUCACCACAUACUUGAACUGGCUGGUUCGCAUGUCGUCCGAGUUGGAGACCAACAUCGUGGCCGUGGAGAGACUGAAGGAGUAUUCGGAAACGGAGAAGGAGGCUCCCUGGCAGAUCCCCGAGACGGCUCCGCCCAGCACCUGGCCUCAGGUUGGCCAGGUAGAAUUCCGAGACUACGGCCUGCGUUACCGGGAAAACCUGGACUUGGUUCUCAAGCACAUUAACGUCACCAUCCAUGGAGGGGAGAAGGUUGGCAUCGUGGGGCGGACAGGAGCGGGGAAGUCAUCCCUGACCCUGGGCUUGUUUCGGAUCAACGAGUCUGCUGAGGGAGAGAUCAUUAUCGACGACAUCAACAUAGCCAAGAUUGGCCUACAUGAUCUGCGCUUCAGGAUCACCAUUAUCCCACAGGACCCUGUUUUGUUUUCGGGUUCCCUGCGCAUGAACCUGGACCCGUUCAGCCAGUACUCCGAUGAAGAAGUCUGGACGUCCCUGGAGCUGGCUCACCUCAAGGACUUUGUGUCAGCCCUUCCCGAUAAGCUGAACCACGAGUGUGCAGAAGGCGGGGAGAACCUGAGCGUUGGGCAGCGUCAGCUUGUGUGCCUGGCCCGGGCUCUGCUGAGGAAGACAAAGAUCCUGGUGUUGGAUGAGGCCACCGCGGCCGUGGACCUCGAAACCGAUGACCUCAUUCAGUCUACCAUCCGGACGCAGUUUGACGACUGCACUGUCCUGACCAUUGCUCACCGGCUCAACACCAUCAUGGACUACACAAGGGUAAUCGUCCUAGACAAAGGAGAAAUCCGGGAGUGUGGCCACCCCUUGGACCUCCUGCAGGAGAGAGGUCUUUUCUACAGCAUGGCCAAAGAUGCUGGCCUGGUGUGAGCCCCAGAGCUGGUGCAUCUGGUCGGAUUUACAGGGCUGACAGGGCAGCAUCCAGGGAUGAGGCGCUGUUCUGGGGAACCCAAGCCUCCUGUCUACUGAAACCAAAAAGAAAAAAGAAAGAAAAAAAAAAAUGAAAACACACACAAAGCAACCCGUCCGGCCCCCAACCUGGAACUGACCACGAAGCACCAGGAGAGACCCAGAGAUGCGGCCCCCCCAAACACUCCCACCCUCACCUCCAUUGCCCCUACAAGAUGUAUAUACGUUCUCAUGCCCCUGGGAGUGCACACUUGUGCUCUUGGUGCUUUGUUAGGAGGUUUGGUGGCCGGACAGCCGGAGAAAUGGGUUUCGUAAAGUAUGCUAGUGACCAAAUCCAGCCAACUGCCUCAGAUCUCUCCAGCCAAAGUCUGUGGAUUCCGUCUUUGAGAAGCUCGCCGGCCCCCGACAGCUGCCUGUGGCGCCUCUGACGUCCUUCCUUGUCUGGCUCCUCCCAGAAUGCUUUGUUUCCUUGGGGCUGCAGGUGGGAGGUGAGGGGCCUGGGAAGAUCAUUCUCACCCUCGGGCAGUACCUUGAGGGCCAGGGACUCUCCUGUCACCAACCCUCUGGUCUUCCAGGCGCUCAGACGCUAGGUCCUGAUGUCCCAGCCCCACUUCACUGGUACAUGUGUCACACAUGGGGCCAGCCUCCAUGUCCAUGGACUUCUCACUGACGGGACUCAGCAGGACUUGUGGGCUGUCUGGGCCCGGAGAUCAUCUCAGUGCUGACUCCCCUGCCUGGCUGCUCAGCGCCUUGUCCGCUCCAGUCUUCUCCCUGCUCUCCUUCCUCCCUCUUCCUACCCAUUGCUAGAAUGGCUCUACUUCUGUAGUCCCUGAGAGAGAAGAUCUGCCAAUGGUUAUGAAGCGGUCAAGGUCAAGGGAGCACCAGGUACCUCCUAAGUACAACGCGUUGGUACCUAAAUGAGCCCUGUUGAUCCCCCUCCGCGCCUCCGGGUAUUUAGAUUUCUUUUCUCGCCCUUGGCAUCUGGUUAGCUUGAAGGUGGCAGUGUGGAGAACUCGACAUUUCAUUACUGAGUCUCUUCCAGGAUGAGAAAAGGACCCGUUCACGAACAUCAGUGACUGCUGCUUUUUCUUUCUUCUUUUUUUUUUUUUCCCCUUCAAAUGCUGCUCUAGGGAGAAAAACAGUCUCAAGACUUUAAUUUCUUGGGAGGAAGGGUUAGCCAAGGAGCAGCAUUCCCAGGCAAUGGCCACGUCGGCCGGCUUCUGACAGCUGGUCCACGUGUUCCUGGAGGAGAACGGAGAAGCAGAGUCCUUCGAGGCCCGUCCUGUUUAGAGCUCUCAGGGAGCACGGUGAGACCCCAAAGCAGAGGAAGGUCACUGCUACUCCAAGAUUCAUACUUGCUAUGAACUGCGUUGCUGACUUCAAACCCAGAGAGGCAUCUUUCUUUUAGAUGGAAAUACAUAUUUAUUUUUUUUGUAAGUUAUACCAUUCUUUCACACUAGAUAAACCAGGUUUUUCUUGGGGAUCUUUUUCUAACGACUUACACUGGAAACGUGAACAUUUGCAAGUAAUUUGCAGUAAAAAAGAAUAUUUUGUUUCUUACUGAA